AUGGGGAAUGAAGCUGAGGUUCAAGAAGGUAGUGGGACAGGGGAAAAAUAUAAUGAGAAGGCUUUGGCUCUUAUCAAUGUUGAAAAACCAAAUGGGCAAAAUCUUGAUAGGGUUGGCAGUUCCAUGGAUGAGAGUAGUUUAGGCUAUGCAGGAGGGAAAAACUCUAAUAGUUUCCAAUCUCUGGAAACUAUCCCUGAAGAGGCUAAAAUUAUUCAAUCUCAGCUUGUUGAUGUGGAUAUUCAACACGGACCCACAGGGGCUAGUGUGAGUGAAAGAAAACAUACUUUUAAAAGGAAAACAAAAUUGGGGAAACAACCUGUUGUUGAAACUAUGGUUUUGGAUGCUGUUCUUGAAAAAACUGAGAAAUUACCUUCUACUAUCUUUAAAUCUAAAAGACACUUGCAAAUUAGGGAAGCCAUGCUGGGAAUUAUGACAAACUGGUUUGGCACUGGCACCCUAAAGGGUUAUUGA